GCGCGUGCGCAAACAAAAACCGAGGAGACGUGAAAAAACAUGGCCGCAAUGGCUGCUGUGUCUGUUGUUUGACUGGAUUCCAGAUGAUUCUGAAGAUGAUUGCCCCCGUUGUUUUGUGACGAACGAAAUCUGAUUCCGGGUCGAUCGUGGCUAGUCGAGAUGGAGCUGGGUAUUUCGAAUACGUUGCUGGCAGGUGAUACGCGUUUGAUCGAUCAUAUAGUGGGCGAAGUUAAAUCCCAAGGCAUUUUUGAUCAGUUUCGGAAAGAAUGCAUCGCUGAUGUUGAUACCAAGCCAGCGUAUCAAAAUUUGAGGACAAGAGUUGAGGGCUCUGUAAACUCUUUUCUUACUAAACAAAUGUGGAAACCAGAUUUGAACAAAAAUCAGCUCAGAGAAACUUUGCGCAAGCAUAUACACGAUGCCCCAUAUUUGGAUGCUGGUGUAGAACGGAUAGUGGAUCAAGUGGUAAAUCCUAAAGUUUAUUCAGUUUUUAUGACUCACAUAGAAGAUGUGGUAUAUAAAUUGGGUGUAGAAAGACCAAAGGUGAAAGAAAAAAAUGGUGCUUGUGGUCUUAAAGAUUUAUUACCUAAAGAUUUGGAUCCAGUUUCACCAGAAUCUGAUAAGAAUAGUUUAAAGGAUGUAUCCCUGGAAUCAAUAGAUGCAAGUGAUGCAAAUGAUGUCGAUGGGAAGCAAUUUGACAAAGCCAAUGAACAACAGUUGCAAGAUGAAGAGAUAUAUAGAGAGAAAAUUAAAACUAGUCCUGAAAAUGGACAUAUCUCCUCGGAAGAGAAAACAUUGGAUGAAACUUGUAAAAGUCUGAAUAAAACUAGUAGUAGCCUGAAUUUAAACACAUCUGGGAAAUCAGAUGACAGGAUAGAAGAUGAAGACGAAGAAGUUAGUCCAACAUUUGAACCAAUAGAUAUUAUGAACUUGAAUGAAUCCAAUAUUUCCAAUGAUUCACACCUAUCGGGAAUAUCAGAAUUAACGAGUCAUAGAUCAAGGAGCCCUGAUUUUUCGAACGAAUUAUCGCGGGAUAACUUUGAUUGUAGCAAUCAGGAUUCUCAGCUUAGUAAAGUUUCCUCAGAUUCUCGAUUAUCAAUUGUAACAGACUUUGGUUCUUCUAACCAUGGUUUUACACCAGUACAUGAUGCGUUGAAAGAUGAUGCAAUAAAAGACAAAUAUGAAGUUAAAAGUGGUAAAGAUAAUUUUAAAGCAAUCAGAGAAUUUGAUUCAUCGAAAAAUAAAACGACCAAAAGCAAUUUCGACUUUGCUAAAAACAAAGAUGGACAAGAUUAUAAAGAUUCGAAAGAUUUUAAGAGCAGUAAAAGUGUUUCUUCUAAAGAAAAUUCUCGUGAUGCUACAGAUAGUGCUGUGAAAGAUAAAUAUGAACAUAAGAGUUCAAAAGAAAAGAGUAGAGAUAGCGAAUCCAUCAAAUCAUCGAAAAGUAUAAAAGAAAAGAACAGUAAUAAAGAUACAAAAUAUAACAAAGAUAGAAGUAAUGAGAGAAAGAAAUCGCGUAGUCAUAGCAGUGAAAAAUAUGAUAAACAUAGUAAGAGUAAGUCUAAAGAAAAAAUCGAGCAGGUGAGAGAAAAUUCCGACAAAGCUAAAGAUAUUUCGGAAACUUUGAAAGAUAACAUAAACAAACUUAAAGAUGAAAAGCUGAAAGAAGCAGACAAGAAAGAUAUUAAUAAAGAUAGCAAUAAGGAAGCGAAAGACUUGAAAGAUAUCUACAAAGAGAAGAUCAGAGAGCUUCGAGAAAAGAAGGAAUUGACAGAGAAAGAAAAAUUGAAUAAAGAUAAAGAUAUUAAAGUUACUAAAGAAGCUAAAGACAAGAAAGAUCCUCUUAAAGAUAAAAAAUCAGAGAAGAGCAGAAAAGAGCACAGAAGUUCAUCUUCGUCGUCAUCAUCGAAGAAUAUUUCUACAAGUCACGAAAGUAGAAGUAGUAAGGUAACAGAUGGAAAAGAUAAGAGAUCAGACUCGAAAGAUAAAGCAAAACGGGAUGAAAAAAGAUUGUCGAAAGACAAUAAAGGUAAAAAUCAUUACAGUAGCAAGACAGAUUUAUCGGACAAAUCUGAUCCAAAAAAAGUUUCCAGAAACGAGAAGGAAGACAAAGGCGGAAAAGUGGAUGCGAGAAAGGAUGGCAAAACGAGCAGUGAAAGGACGACGAAUGAUAAGAAGGACGCGAAGAGUUACUUGCAAUCGAGUAAAAGUUCGGAUCGCAAUGAAAAGUCAGAUGGUAAGAGAGACUCGAAGAACGAUAGUCCGUCAAAAGAUAAGAAGCGACGAGAGGAUAAGAAAUCUAAGACGAAGGACGAUCACUCGAGUUUACGGAAAAGUUCUAAUGAUCGUCGUUCCACUGAUAGGGACGGUUCGAACGGCUCGAAUAGUAAAACCUCGCCAUCGAAUAAUACAAACACCAACACGACGAGCAACAAAUCAGGUACGUCGAGUUUGACGAAGGAGAAUAGUCACAUUAGCAAUUCUGGUAGCGAGACGUCGGAUAGUAUCGAAGAAACGCAAAUGAGUGACUCAAAAUCAUUGCAACAGCCAAAUUGUAAAUUAUCUCAUAAAAUCAGUUUGACAAAUGAAAAGAAUCAUCUGAAGAUGAAACUCGAUAUAGAUGAAACGCAUGAAAAACAUGAAGAAGAAGCACAUUCGCGUGAUACGAGUUUAUCUUCGAAGAAGAGACGGUUGUCCGGUAAAGAAGACGAAUCGACUUCGGACGAUAUGAAAAUUAAAAAGCCAAAAUUUGCGAAAAAUAUACACGAAGCUAAAAAGCUGAUGAAACUCCGGAAGCUGAUGGAAAAGGAGAAACUUAAGGAGGAUAAGAAAGAAGAGAAGAAAGUUACACAUGAAACGGAACAAACUAGUCAGUCGAGUACAACAAAAGAUGCUGACAAUCUCGAAGAUAUGCCCGAUGACGAGCGUGUUCAGAUUAUAGAAAUUCCCGACGAGGAGUACGAAGAACCUUAUCCCGAGAAGCAUGAAACCAAUUUAACAUUAGACGAAAGAUCGCUAAUAAUGCUAGGAGCCGAAUCUUGUACAAAUGACUUUUUAAAUAGACAAUCUAAGCCAUCGUUAUCCACUAUAGAGUUAUGCGUAAGGCAAUCCUUAAGUGAGAUAGUGUCGAAUGUACCAUUAGGAGAAACAAUUACACAGAAUUUAAAAACUGAUGAGAAAAUCAUACAGUCGGAGACGCAGAUAGAAGAUACAGAAGAAUCUAAAGAGGAACAUGAAAUUACAAAAGACACUGACAACAAGACAUCAAAUGUUGACGCAGAAAAAUGUUCUUCGCAAGAGCACAUUCUACAAAAGCAGGAAGAAAUCGCUAAUACCGAGAAAUCUGAAUCUGCGGAUAAUAAUGAGAACAAAAGUACGGAACAGUCGACGGAGAAAAAUCCUCAAAUAUGGGAAAAUGAAACAGAAACACGGACCGAUAAUGAAGCACAAAUUGACAAUCGAACAGAGAUCGAUGAUAACAAUGAAGAGCCACAGAACGAGAAACAGAUGGAAACUUGUGCAUUAUCGAAAAUUAACGCGUCGUUAGAAUUACAUAGCGAUUGUCUGGAAACCAGAUCCUCGUCUUCGAUUAUCAGCGAGGAUAAUGGAGAAGAUUGCCGUUACUUCAACAAGACUGACGAUAAGAAAUCGGAAAGGUUCUCUAGUUUCUUAGAAUCUUUAGAGAUAGGUUCUAUGGAGAAUUCGUCUCUAGAGGACAUAGUGGAAAGCCUGGGUGGUAAAGUGGUUCUCUCAAUACCAAAGUCCAUGGCGGCACCACCUUUACCGAAAAUGCGCAAAUGUUCGUCCAGCCCCUUGUCCGACAUAUUGGUGAAUAAUUCGGAUAAUAAUAAUGAUAACGAUCAUAAACGAACAUUGUCAAUCAGUGAAGAUACCGUGCACAACGUUAAAAAGAGAAGAUUCAACAAGAAGCCGAGAUUCUCGAAUCUAUGUAAUCCGCAGGGGGUUCCGAAUGGCGAGAAUUUCGUCAUGCCUCUGAGCCCGGACAGCGAUGUGUCUGCGACGAGCGAAAAAACAACAUCAUCUACUGUGAUCAAAGAAGAAAAAAGCCGCAAUAGGAGCAGUCAACGAUAUUCAAGCGAUGACUUGUAUAAACCACGUCCGUUCUUUUCCAGUUCUUCUCGUCGAAGUAGACGAGCUAAUCAAGUAUAGCUAGUGCUACAUGGAUUCAGAUGUUAAAUAAACUUAUAUUUCAAAGUAAAUUUAUCCUAUUGCCUAGUAAUGUGAAUCGCACAUCAAAAAUAUGAGACGUGUUUAGAGAAGUGUUACUCGAAGAUAUAGAUAUCUUUUAUUAUGAUCAGCAGCCGCUGAUCGAUUCGGCUCCGGACAUUGGGUCCAAUAGACGAUCAAGGCCAUUGCGACUAUGUGCGAAGAUUACAGCGAUUAGAUGUAAUAAACUGCCGUCGACAUAUUAGAAACUUGCCUUCCUGUCGACUCAUGCCUGUUUACUUUCUGUGCACAGCCGAAUAACGACAUAGUUGCAUCGUCGGACGACCUUGUCACUUACUUAGCCGACUCGUCGGUUGCGAUUAAAAGUGCUCUACUAUGCGUAAUACGCAACCUUUCACAUAUACGUACACAUUUAUAUAUAUUUACAUACAGCGUGUGACGUUCAAAAUAUUUACAAAUUAAUUGAAAAUUAUACUCUCAUCUCGUGUGGCGACCGCGCAUCUUUCCCGCCUCGCAUAAUCUCGCUUUCCUUAAAUAGAUCGACCAAUUAUUGAUGGGUUUAUCGUUCGUAUAAUGAUGCAUGAUAACCCUCAUACGCGUUUGCAUAACGCUACCCAUUGUCUGCACAUGCGUUCUGUUGUUUAAAUAAUGUAAAAAUUUAACAUGUAAAGAAAAACGCACCGUGCGCUUGCAUAUUUUUUUAGUUCAUUUUACGCGCGUUAAAAGCGCGAUAAAAAUUUAUAGAGAUGACAUAAAAUAAUACAAUGUAACUUGGAUAUUUUAGAUCGACAUCACGUUAAUGAAAUUUAUUAAAUAACUCGUCGAUCAUUAAAGUUUUAAUAAAUUUGUAACGGACGUAUUUAUUUAUUAAUAAUAAGCAGAUAAUAUGAUUAAAUUCUUCUGUGAUAUUUAUUCUCAGAUUAGCUACUAAUUUUUAUUUUUCUCUUAAACAAAUUUUUAAUCGAUUUCGAGAGAGAAAUUCUUUUAUCUCAAUAUUUAGUUGUUAAAAUAAUUUUUUUAUUGCUAUCCAUAACAAUUUUUGACGCUGCAUUGAUAAUGAAUAACCUGCAGUAUAAUUAAAAUUUUACGAGUUUGCAGGAUGCAUGUGCGUUCGUAUCGGAAGAUAUAAAUGUAAAGCGAAACCUUGCAUAUUAAUAGCGGUGCAACGUUUGCUAAUCGUGUUUUGCUAAUGAAUGAUUAUCUCAAAUUUUUUUUCUAACACAAUUUGCGAUUAAUCUGAUUUUUUUUCUAUAUCUUAAAAGCCUUAAGCGAUUAUUAUAUCGAAAGAAGGAAAAAUAAAAGGAAAAAAUAUACCGACGUUUAUUACGCGCAUCAGCGUAAAAAUAUAUUUGAUAAAAUAUAAUUUAUGCAGCAAGAA